GUGCCGGGAGCCCGGGCAGCAGCGCGCUGGGCCAGGGUGGCGGUGACCCUGGGGACCCGGGAAGCAGGAGAAGGAGCCGGAGCCCUACCGGGAUGAGAAGGUGACGCCGCCGGGGGGCGCCACUCGCUUUGUGGGGGAAGAUGCUCGCCUACUGCGUGCAAGAUGCCACCGUGGUGGACGUGGAGAAGCGGAGGAACCCUUCCAAGCAUUAUGUAUACAUCAUCAACGUGACCUGGUCGGACUCCACGUCCCAGACCAUCUACCGGAGGUACAGCAAGUUUUUUGACCUGCAGAUGCAGCUUUUGGAUAAGUUUCCCAUCGAAGGUGGCCAAAAGGACCCCAAGCAGAGAAUCAUCCCCUUCCUUCCAGGCAAGAUCCUCUUCCGGAGAAGCCACAUCCGGGAUGUAGCUGUGAAAAGGCUGAAGCCCAUCGACGAGUACUGCCGGGCACUCGUCCGGCUGCCUCCCCACAUUUCCCAGUGUGAUGAAGUCUUCCGGUUCUUUGAGGCCAGACCAGAGGAUGUCAACCCUCCGAAAGAGGACUAUGGCAGUUCCAAAAGGAAAUCAGUGUGGCUCUCCAGCUGGGCUGAGUCUCCCAAGAAGGACGUGACAGGUGCCGACGCCAACGCCGAGCCCAUGAUCCUGGAGCAGUACGUGGUGGUGUCCAACUAUAAGAAGCAGGAGAACUCGGAGCUGAGCCUCCAGGCCGGGGAGGUGGUGGAUGUCAUCGAGAAGAACGAAAGCGGCUGGUGGUUUGUGAGCACUUCUGAGGAGCAGGGCUGGGUCCCUGCCACCUACCUGGAGGCCCAAAAUGGUACUCGGGACGACUCAGACAUCAACACCUCCAAGACGGGGGAAGUGUCCAAGAGACGCAAGGCCCAUCUGCGGCGCCUGGAUCGCCGGUGGACCCUGGGCGGGAUGGUCAACAGGCAGCACAGCCGAGAGGAGAAGUAUGUCACUGUGCAGCCUUACACCAGCCAAAGCAAGGAUGAGAUUGGCUUCGAGAAGGGUGUCACUGUGGAGGUGAUCCGGAAGAAUUUGGAGGGCUGGUGGUACAUCAGAUACCUGGGCAAAGAGGGCUGGGCGCCAGCAUCUUACCUGAAGAAAGCCAAGGAUGACCUGCCAGCGCGAAAGAAGAAUCUGGCAGGCCCAGUGGAAAUCAUUGGAAACAUCAUGGAGAUAAGCAACCUGCUGAACAAGAAGACAUCGGGGGACAAGGAGACUCCACCAGCCGAAGGCGAGGGCCCUGAGGCCCCCAUCACCAAGAAGGAGAUCAGCCUGCCCAUCCUCUGCAACGCCUCCAAUGGCAGCGCCCUGGGAGUGCCUGAGAGGACCGUCUCCAAGCUGGCCCAGGGCUCCCCAGCUGUGGCCAGGAUUGCUCCUCAGAGGGCCCAGAUCAGCUCCCCAAACCUAAGGACAAGGCCUCCACCUCGCAGAGAAUCCAGCCUGGGGUUCCAGCUGCCGAAGCCACCAGAGCCCCCUUCUGUUGAGGUGGAGUACUACACCAUAGCCGAAUUCCAGUCGUGCAUUUCUGACGGGAUCAGCUUCCGGGGUGGACAAAAGGCAGAGGUCAUCGACAAGAACUCAGGCGGCUGGUGGUACGUGCAGAUCGGUGAGAAGGAGGGCUGGGCCCCUGCGUCAUACAUCGAUAAGCGCAAGAAGCCCAACCUGAGCCGCCGUACAAGCACACUGACCCGGCCCAAGGUACCCCCACCGGCACCCCCCAGCAAGCCCAAGGAGGCCGAGGAGGCUCCAGCGAGCACUAACGAGAGCCAGGACUCCCCGCUAAAGCUCAAGUACGAGGAGCCUGAGUAUGACAUCCCUGCCUUUGGCUUCGACUCAGAGCCAGAGCUGAGCGAGGAGCCCACAGAGGACAGUGGCUCGGGGGACAGGCGGCCUGCCCAGCCCCACAGGCCCUCGCCCGCCUCCUCACUGCAGCGGGCCCGCUUCAGGGUGGGUGGGUCUUCAGAGGAUGUGGCCCUGGAAGAGGAGACCAUCUAUGAGAACGAGGGCUUCCGGCCGUGUGCAGAGGACGCCCUGUCAGUCAGACGCUCCUCCCGGGACAGUGACUCCCCAGGGAGCUCCCCGCUGUCCCUUGCCAGGAAAAACUCUCCAAAAUCGGGCUCCCCCAAAUCAUCGUCACUCCUAAAGCUCAAGGCAGAGAAGAACGCCCAGGCAGAAUUGGGGAAGAACCACUCCUCAGCCUCCUUUUCCUCAUCCAUCACCAUCAACACCACCUGCUCCUCUUCGUCCUCCUCCUCCUCCUUGUCCAAGAACAGUGGUGACCUGAAGCCCCGUUCUGCCUCGGACGCAGGCAUCCGCGGCACUCCCAAGGUCGGGGCAAAGAAGGACGCUGACCUGAAGGCUGGGCUGACCUCCUGUGCCCGGGCCAAGCCGUCGGUCCGGCCCAAGCCGUUCCUGAACCGGGCAGAGUCCCAGAGUCAAGAGAAGAUGGACAUCAGCACUUUACGGCGCCAGCUGAGACCCACAGGCCAACUCCGGGGCGGUCUCAAGGGCUCAAAGAGCGAGGAUUCAGAGCUGCCCCCUCAGACAGCCUUUGAGGGUCCGAAUGAGGGGUCUAGGAGAAGCUCAGCCGACCUCAUCACCCUCCCUGCCACCACACCCACCAAGAAAGGACGGGAAGGGCAGGCCACCUCCUACACGACAUGUAGCGCCUACCAGAAGGUCCAGGACUCAGAGAUCAGCUUCCCCGCCGGCGUGGAGGUACAGGUGCUUGAGAAGCUGGAAAGCGGCUGGUGGUACGUGAGGUUUGGAGAGCUGGAGGGCUGGGCCCCCUCCCACUAUUUGGUGCUCGGCGAGAACGAGCAACCUGACCUGUCUGGCAAGGAGCCAGACGCAGUAACCACCAAGAACAAGCAGAACGAGGGCAAAUCAGACAGCCUGGAAAAGAUUGAGAAGCGAGUCCAAGCACUGAACACUGUCAACCAGAACAAGAGGGCCACGCCGCCCAUCCCCUCCAAGCCUCCUGGGGGCUUCAGUAAGACCUCAGGUGCUGGGGUGGUGAAGAUGAGGAAUGGCGUGCGGCAGGUGGCGGUGAGGCCCCAGUCCGUGUUUGUGUCCCCGCCACCCAAGGACAACAACCUGUCGUGCGCCCUGCGGAGGAACGAGUCGCUCACGGCCACUGAUGGCCUCCGAGGUGUCCGCCGGAACUCCUCCUUCAGCACUGCCCGCUCAGCUGCUGCAGAGGCCAAGGGCCGCCUGGCCGAACGGGCCACCAGCCAGGGCUCAGAUGCACCUCUGCUGCCCGCCCAGCGCAACAGCAUCCCCGUGUCCCCUGUGCGUCCCAAGCCCAUCGAGAAGUCCCAGUUCAUCCACAACAACCUCAAAGAUGUAUAUGUCUCGAUUGCAGACUACGAGGGGGAUGAGGAGACAGCAGGCUUCCAGGAGGGCGUGUCCAUGGAGGUCCUGGAGAGGAACCCCAAUGGCUGGUGGUACUGCCAGAUCCUGGAUGGGGUGAAGCCCUUCAAAGGCUGGGUGCCCUCCAACUACCUGGAGAAAAAGAACUAACGGGGCAUGGUCCUCCCAGACUCAGUGUGGAUGAGCAGUGAGGUGAAGACAAAAGGGAAAGGGAAAUGGGAGGGGGUGGGGGGAGGACAGCAUUAAACCCUGCAGAAUGUGUGACCUCAAAGAUGCCCCCCUCCAGGCUGUCCCUCAGCUGGAAGGUAGGGCCUGGUGGGCCCACAUUGAGCAGGGAUGGGAAUGGGCAGGGGAGCCAUGGGCCUGAGAUCAGCGGUGAGAAAGCUGAACCCCAUGUGUGCACCUUGGUGACUUUGCUGAUGGACUUGGCACCAUUUGGGACAGGCCACCUGGGAAACCCCAAUGGUGCCUUGGCUGCAAGUCUGGAAAAGAUGUGAUUGUAGGGGCCUCCUCUGCCCUUUCCCUGCCCAGCCCAGUUUCAGUUGCUGGCAUCUUACCAGUGGAGGUAGCCCUUAGAUUGUCCUAAUCUGUAUUUGUGGAUGGUGCUGGUUUCCCAGGGAUUGCCACCACCCACCACAGCUGGGUGUGGUAGAAGAUGCCACCAGCUCUGGGGCUUCGAGGCAUCUCCCGUGAGCUCAGCCUGUCCGUGGACCAGCCCGCUGUCAGUGUCUGUUAGUUGAAGAAAAAGUAGUUGCUCAAGUGCGAGCAAGGACCACCUUUCUUAGCUGCCACUGCCCCUGGCCUUGAGGAGAAAGCCCGUGCUGCCCGCAGGACCACCAGCCCAGAGUUUACAGAGAGGGUGGGCGAAGCUGUGGGUCUCCUCACAGUCUGCACAGACUUUAUUUUGGAUAUUUCUGGGUGGGCGGUUCCUUUGCAUGUUUUGGGAGAGGUUUAUUGGUUUGGGGCUUCUCUGUUGGGCCUUGGGUUUUGGUCUUAUUUUAGGGGUUGUUUGGGGGCCUAAAGGCGGUCAGCCUUACAGGAGCAGGAUGGAUGGGUAGUGGACGGGGCUUUUCUGUCCUCUGCUCGUGGGGAGGUGGUUUCGUCUGUGUUUCACAUUCUUCCCCUUCACAAGCCAAAGUCGCUUUAUUUGGUUUCCACUGUGUGGACAGUACCUGAGCACAGCGCUUGCUGGAGGGCUCGGGGGCGGGGGAGCCCCAGGUCCCAGACCCGGCAAAGCAGAGACAAUGCUCAUCUGGUUCUUGCCCAACCUCAGUGGGGCAGGACCCUCCCCAGGAGGGAGGAGAGAAGGCAGUUCCCAGGCUGCUGGGUGGGGGCCAUCCCGUGUGCAUUCUCCCGCCUGGGCAGGACCAGAAGCCUUACGUGUGUACUACAGAGAAGCAGCCAUAGCCCCACCCUGGGCUGAGGAGACCCCGGCUGGACAAACACCACCAGCCGCCCGCUGGGCUGCAAGCAAUGACAUAGGUGCCCAAGAAGAUGGGGCAUCCCCAGGCCAGGAGCUAAUCUGGUCUUCCUGAGGGGCAGUGCCGCCACGAAGAGAGGAGCGAGAAUAAAGUCCCUGUCAGCUUUGGGCUGUGUCUUUGAAUCGUUGACGUUUCAGAGGGGACCCUCCAGAAGCUGAAGCGGCUUCCCCAAGGACUCACCCUUUGCUGGGAGUGGAUUUCCACACGUGCCUUUGAUUUCGGACAGAUCGGGCUUCACAGCCACCGAUUCAGCUGUCAGAAUCCUGGACUGAGGGUUGGUGUUUUCUACCAAGGAGGAAAGGCCUCCCCACCCCCAUCCCACCCUGCCCCCUACCCGGGCAGUAUAUGCUGCCUGAAGAUCAGCACGGGAGCCAGCAUCUCAUGCUGCAGUAUCCCCCUCCCCCCCGCCCCUGCGGCCUUGCCUGGGUGUCGCCCCCAGCCCUCCUCCCUCGCCGUACACUGAUGUCUGGCAGCUAUCACAGACUGCGCGUGUUCUUUGUUGAAGGGCUGUGGUGAGAUUUUGUUUCCUUUUGUGUUUUUUUUUGUAAGUUUGUUUAAAAUUGAAAUUAGUUAUUUUCUUCUGCUGGACAGUAUUAAAUAGAGCAGGAUGGUGAGUUACUCUGCUAGAUUGCAGUACUAAUGGUAGUGGAUUAGUGUCUUCAUAUUAAUGUUAUUUGGACUUAUUUGAACAAUAAUGAUAAAGAAGUGGUUCAUUAUUUUUUAAUUAAUGCACUUUAAUAAGGUGGAAUGGAAAGAAACCCAGAGAGCAAAGUGCAUUACUUAAAGAUGCAGUAUAUACUUUUCUCAUUUUUAAGCAGCACAUAUUUAUUAAAAGAAAAAAAAGUAAUUUAUGAUUAUUUAAAAUAAAAUUUAAAAGUAGAGUGACUGUCAGGUUAAAGGACCUUCCACAUAGCUAUCUUCCAGGGGGAGGGCCCCAGGGGCCUCACUCCUCAAUUGUCUGCACUGAGCCAGUUCAAUCAGCAACGUGCCAGCCCGGCCAGCAAGGAGUGCAGGACGCAUCUGCCAAGCACAGAGCAUCUCAGUUGGACUGGACCACAGUGCUCCCCAGAGCCUGCCUUUCCCUGCCCUUCCUCACUGUCUGCACUGCCCCCUGGGCUCUCCACCACCCGCGAGCCCCACGUUCUCCCAGCCCCUUAAGGACCCUCCCUCCUUGAUCCCAGAGCUCUAAGUGAUAGUCAUUAAAAGUGACCUCAAAGGUCGCUCCGUCCCAUCCCCUCCUGUUCUGCAGCCCAAGGACGGGAAAUGACUCCAAAAAUCACACAGCUGGUUAACGGCAGACCUCCCCACUGCGUCAGUCCUUGCGCUCCUCCCCAACCCCGUUAUAGUUUAUUGUGUGGUCAUCAUGUUUACAUUGUGACAUCCAGCCCUAAGGAUGGCUGGGAGUUGCUCAGGCAUCCAGGAAAAGUGGAGAAUGCUGCCACCUGGUGACAGCAGGUAGAUUUGGGCAGUGAACAGGGAUUGCCAUGCCUCAUCUUCGCCCCUCGCCCCUCACCAUCACCCCUAACUCACAGCACAGCACAAACCCUGCAAACCCAAAGAGAAUAUUAAUACUUGAAGCAAGAAGGGUGCAUGCCAGUCCCUCUCAGACACGGCCAGGGGGUGCCAGGCCUUGUGCCCCUGGACUCCUAGCCCUACCCAGGGCCAGAGGGCUUUUCCCUAGAGCUACUGAGCUGCUUUGUGAUGUUGGAGGGUACUGCCGGCAGCAGGUGGAGGAGGGAGGGGCCUGAGGCUCUGACCCAUCUGGAGGAAAACCAGAUUGGACUAAAAAAGGAAAAAGAAAAAUGAAAUCUCAGCAGUGUCCAAACCUAGUUUUCCAUUAGUCGCGAUUGAAAAUGUGAAUUGACAUUGUAUUGCUGUAUACUGCAACUUUAAUCAUAAUGAGCCCUUCUGAGGUCAUUAUUGAGGUUUAUAUAAUGCCCGAAGAUGCAUCAUUUGGUGCUUUUUCUUUCAGUUGAAAGACUUUUUUCUUUUAUUACGAGGGAAAAAAAUGUCUUCAUCUCUCUCCCACUUGGUAACAGCAGGCCUGGCCAGGCUCCCUGGCCCCACCAUGCUGUUCCCAUUAGGCCGAGGGAUCCUGGAGGCAGCAAGGAGUUGGAAGGGGCACCCCUGAACAGCAGGUGUGCCAUCUGCCCCUGGCUGUGGCUGGGCCCUGCCUUGCCAGGCCUCAGCCCCAUCCACCCCCAGCCUGGCCUCACGGGCUUCUCUUUCUUCCUCUUCGAUUCUCCAUCUUGACGACGGCAUUAUAUAGAAUUGUUUUAAUCACAUUCAGAUGUUAGAGCAGCAUAUUUUACUGGCAUUUAUAUCCAUUGCUUUCCUCAGCAAGGCAUGUUACUACUUUAUCAUCUAAGGAAGAAAGACGAGGGAACUUUGGUCAAGCGUUAUUCUCAUGUCACUAGUAUUUGCAGAGUAGCGUAGGAUCUUGGUUUGGUAGUUCAUUUUGUUUUUAAGGAAAAAAAAAAAGUACCCCUACUUUUCCUGUUUUUGUAUUUAACUAAUAUAUUAUUUCUUUAAGGUUACUCACUUCCCCUAUUCCCUCCAAAUACUUUGCAUUCUCAAUCGAAAAUGAAAACAAUCUGAGAGACAGGAAAAGUGCAAUAUUAUCAAGAGGGAUGCCAGGGCUGGUUGGCAUAGUCGCGGAGACCCAGUGGCCCCGUGUGGAGCUGCCAGGUGACUUCCUGGGUUCAUCUUUUACCCCUCCUGCCCCUCCCCCUUCCCUGGCAAGAUGGCAGGGGUCCCCGCCAAAGGGCAGCCCCUUCUUCUGUUGAGUCUUGUCCACCCAGAAGAAAGGGGUUCAGGGAAGUGACAUGGGGUGCCUGACUUCCUGGUGCCCCAGCCCUCGGAGCGGAGCAAGGACAUCCAGAAACCGUUCCUUGUUUUCAUUUCCAUUGUUUUUCAGCCGGUUGCUCAGAAAUACCUGUCCUAAAAAUCACUCCCAGCAGCCCCCUCUCACCCCAGUCUCCUGAUGUGUGGGCCAUGAGCUUUUUGAUGUAUGUUUGAGUCUUUCUAAAACUGUGUAACCUCAGUUCAGUUUAUGGGCAGGAACCCUAGAUAGAACCAAAUCCUUUUUGGGGGAUGUGGGUGCCUUGAGCCCUGCGUACCCCAGUGAGACACCGAUUCCCACAAGCCUGCAGCUGGGCCUGGUGCUGAGCCUGGGCCACCCAUUCAUCUCAAUGACCAGCCUGAGGAGGGAGCCCUGUCUUCUGCUCAACCCCCCACAGUCCCCAGAGGGUCUCAGAGAAGUGUCUGAGGGGCCUCCUCAGCUCUCUGCAGACAGAACUUCCCACAGCAGGUACAAGCUGGCCUCCUCCGGACAUGGCGCCAGUAGAGAAAGCGGCAGGUGGGGAGUCCCUGGUCCGAGCCCGUGGAGCUCUGCCCCUCAGGGCUGCAGGACGUGCUCAUGGGCUCGUCCCCUCUUCCAGUACUGUACGCUUGCUGCUCCAACCCCCCGUGCGGUGAGUUUCUGUCCCAGUACGGAUCUAAGUGCCCCCAUGUGUGGGUGUCUCUCCCUGGAGCGAAUACAUCUAUGUGUCCAAUCUUUGAGAAUCUCGAUGCAGAGCUCUCUGGAAAGAACUUUCCACAUCGCUAAAGAAUUAAGAUUCCCUCGCUUUUUUGAGGGCUGUGUGUUGUUGAGAAAGUGUGUGUUCACGCAUGCGUGUGUGUGUGUGCGUGUGCAUGUGCACACGCACCCACGUGUGAGUGUUGGUAAUUUCCCACUUGAACUAAAUAACAUGGGGUUAGAGGAAAAAAAUAUCGGGCAAGCUGUCUCCAUUGAAAAGUCCUUGGCAUUGGGCAGGCCCCAUGGGACUCGCAGCUUCUGGCAGCAAGUAUGUGUGUUUUUCACACGUAAUUCUGGCUGGAGAGUGCAAUGUGUCUUUUUUUUUUUUUUUUUGGUAAUUAUUUUAUUAAGUAUUUAGUUGGAAACUUCACACUGGCAUUAACAGAUCUAGCAGAAGCAGCCUAGGCCACCGUCCCGGGCUCCAAAAUGAAGAUGUCAAAAAGCUGCCACUGGGUGUGGAAGCGCUGAGGUGGUUAAAUUGGGUCACCACCUGCAGGUGUGUUAUCUAGCAGGCUGACUGCGGCCCACUGCCAUGCACGUCAUCACUGGGAAUCCUCAUGGAAUAAAAGAGCUGCUGGCCCUCAGGUUUUGUGUUUCUGAGGGUGGGUCAGGCGGCCAGGGCGAGCACUUGCUCCCGGUGAGCUCUGCAGACCACGUGCAGACACAUCAGCCCCUCUGGUCUGGAUUGCAGGCCCCAACUGAACACUGCAUGGGAGUAGUGUGGGGGGCUCCCUCUUUACUGAGCUUCUUCCUAAAUCAUGAUCCCCAUUUGGGGGCAGCCUCUGUGGUUCUCAAGCUCUAUCAUCAGUGACAGGAUGGGGUCAGUGACCUAAAGCUUCCUCAUUUUAGGAAAAACAGCCCCACUGAUUUAGCUUCCCUCCUGUUUUGUCCCCCGGCCAGAAGUUGGGCACACUGGUGCUUACAGACUGGGUAGAGAGCUCUGCGUUCCAAGGCCUUGAUCUCAGCCUGCCUCUAAGGUUGGGACUACCCCUUUUCCCAGCCCUACCUUUUAAUCUUGAGUUUGCACUUGACCUUGACAAUCAGCCCCCUCUCCCAUCCCAGUCCUAGAACUUAGUGGCCUUAGAGAAUGAAUCCCUGCACUGAAGGUCCCUCCUUUGCUCCCAGUUCCAUCCUGGCUAAUCGGCUGGACCUCAGGAGGCAAGACAGAGGGGGGAAGAAUUGUUGUCGUAAAGCAAAGGGAUGGGUCGAGCAUGUUGGAGGCAAGCGAGAGGCAUGUCGGCGAGAGAAGUGUGUGCAUGUUUCGGGUGGCUGGGGCUUACCGUCCCUUCCCUGGGAAGGCAGCUUCCAGAAGAGGAUGUCCUCUAGGCAGAAAGGGAAAAGUGUGAGAAGCCUGAGAGGGUCUGGAGUCGAGUUAUGUCUUUAUUAGAAAGAAGGAAGAAGUCAAUUCUGAUUGUUUCAGGAAGAGAGCAGGUGGGGAGGGAAUUCAGUGAUUCAACACCAAAGGGUCCAGCCAGAGCAGGUUGGAAAAGCCCCAAGAUUUGGCCAUAGAAGCAGCUAGCCUGAGGAAACAACUACUUGCUGGGCCACAAGCUGGGUCCCCAGCAGGUUCUUACUGGUCACUGAUGGACUUAGUAGAGAAGGAAAGUUGCCAACAACAAGCAGAUCUUAGAGUUUGGAGGCCCUGGCUCCAGAACAUUCAUCCAUCUCCCAGGUUCCCAGCUGGUUUUGCCCACCUCCCUUUAUCCAAUCCAGAGCUAACUUCUCAAAUUGCUUGAAUCAGUUAGAGACCACUCACCAUAAUGGAUCAUGCAGCGAGGACCCACCACCCCCAAACUGGAACCUUGGGGUCUAGAUACCACCAAGCAUAUCCGGGAGGAAGGCAGCUUCAUUUGUCCUGUUGACACCAGUUAUCCUCGAGUCUCUCUCCUCAUACCUGUGGUGGUUCAGUUUGUGGAGCCCGCCUCGCUGGUGUUACUUAGAAGACGAGGUGCAGCGCACACCCGUCUGUGCAUAUGCCCUUUCCUUUCGAGUGUCCUGUGACCAAGGCGCACUGCUCCUAAAAGUGUUUAUUUCAGUGGGGGGUAAACAGAGCCACCAUUCUUGAACCUGCAGCUUAUUCUCUGCAACAGGUUUUCUUUAAAUCCAGGACAGAUUGGGAAAGGGUUUCACUGCCGGUUACCGAGGGGCCUGCAGGAAGGUGACUUGGCAGAGGCCAAUGUGAGUGGCAGGUCCCUGAAGUGUGGGUUUGUGGACUGCAUGCUUGCAUGGGAACUGCUGGAUGUCUCUGGGGUUCCAGAACUUUGGGGAGUUCCUCAUGGUGUCCAUUCAACGCCUCCCAGCUCCUAGUGGGCUCUGUGGGGUCAGCAGGUUGUUCCUUCUUCCCUCCUCAGCAGAGAAACAGACGAAAAGGACAUUGAAUUCAGUGUAGUCAAUUUGAGUGCUAACAAAUUUCCAGGAUCAAUGGUGGUGCUAAACUAUCUUCAUGUUUCUAUUUUUAAUAGUGGGUGGGUUUUUUUUUCAUUGUUUUCAUCACAAAAAUGCAGCGUCCUUGGGGAAGGGACCCACCCCUUGGCCUGCCACUUCCCAGGUAUCCUUCACCAUUUUGACGGGACUCUGUGGUCUGCAGCAGAUACUCUGUCUUGGCAUGCUUCUAGACUGUAAGAUUUGGGUUGUUUUGUUUUGUAUUUUGUUUAUGUUUACAUGCAUCUUGUAUUUCCCUAAAAACUAAAUAAAGUUUUUGGCCUUUUUAACUGAA